GAGAGAGAGAGAGAGAGAGAGAGAGAAAAGAGGGAGAGAGGAAUUCAGUCCUGUUUAAAUGGAAAUCUAAAGCGCAGAGAGGAAAAGGGACGCAGACAGAGAAACCAAAGAGAGAGAGAACAGACAAUAAAAAGUGGAGACAUUGAUUUUACGCACGGGGAAAAAAACAGGGGAAACGAGUAGAAGAAAGGAAAGGAAAGGAGGAGAGAGGAAGAGAGGGGUUUUGUUUUCCUCUAAAUGUGUCUUCUUUCACUCUCAUGACUCAAAGAGGAUUCCAGUUAGAUUGAUCCGCUCGGGAGGAAUUGAUGGUGUCUUUUGGGGGAUUCAGAUCCGAGGGGAGGAAUCUGAAGCUCGGCUGAACCAUGCCAGCCCUGUGGAUCCUAACUUUGGCCAUCACUUUAAACCAAGCGUGGUGCAUUCGCUUCUCUCAGGAGCCUGCGGACCAGUCGGUGGUACUGGGAGAACGGGUGGUGUUGUCCUGCGUGGUCUUCAACUACAGCGGCAUCGUCCAGUGGACCAAGGACGGCCUGGCUCUCGGCAUCGGAGAGGGUCUCCGAGCGUGGCCCAGGUACCGUGUGAUUCGGGCUCUGGACAUCGGCCAGUACAACUUGGAGAUCUCCAAUGCCGAGCUGUCUGAUGACUCUCUGUACGAGUGUCAGGCCACAGAGGCCGCCCUGCGCUCCAGGAGGGCCAAACUCAAUGUACUCAUCCCCCCCGAGGACCCGGUGGUCGAUGGAACCCCGGAGCUCCUGCUGAUGGCCGGGACUCCGUUCAACCUGACCUGUGUGACCCGCGGGGCCAAGCCUGCAGCACACAUCCAGUGGACCAAGGAUGGAGUCGCUUUGGAGGGGGCCUUCCAGUCCACGGAAGUGCUACCUGACAGGAAGAGGGUGACGACCAGGAGCUACCUGCCCAUCACACCAGUCGACACCGACAGCAGCCGCAACUUCACCUGCGUGGCCAGCAACCCCGCGGUGCCGAUGGGCAAACGAGCCACUGUUACCCUCAACGUCCACCACCCUCCUAUGGUGACACUGUCCAUCGAGCCUCGCUCUGUUCUGGAGGGCGAGAGAGUCACCUUCACCUGCCAGGCCAAUGGCAACCCUCCCAUCAUUGGCUUCAGGUGGGCAAAAGGCGGCGUGCUGCUGGAGGGCGCCAGGGAAAGCGUGUUUGUGACCACAGCAGAUCACUCCUUCUUCACUGAGCCUGUGUCCUGUCAGGUUUUCAACGUUGUGGGAAGCACCAACGUCAGCAUCCUGGUGGAUGUGCACUUUGGCCCAAUACUGGUAGUGGAGCCCAGGCCAGUUACGGUAGAUGUGGACGCUGACGUCACUCUGAACUGCAAGUGGUCUGGAAACCCCCCACUCACCCUCACCUGGACCAAGAAGGGCUCCAGCAUGGUACUCAGCAACAACAACCAGCUGUAUUUGAAGUCAGUGAGCCAGGCUGAUGCAGGCCAGUAUGUCUGCAAGGCCAUCGUGCCCCGGAUUGGAGUGGGAGAGACUGAGGUUACACUCACUGUCAACGGCCCCCCCAUCAUCUCCAGUGAUUCAGUCCAGUACGCUGUCAGAGGGGAGAGAGGAGAGAUCAAGUGUUACAUCGCAAGCACCCCCCCACCUGAUAAGAUAGUUUGGGCGUGGAAGGAGAACGUGUGGGAGAAGGAGAAGGGCACCCUGAUGGAGAGGUACACCGUGGAGCAGAGUAAACCUCCAUCCCAGGGCGGGGCCGUCCUCUCCACCCUCACCAUCAACAACGUCAUGGAGUCUGACUUCCACUCGCCCUACAACUGCACCGCCUGGAACUCCUUCGGACCCGGGACCAUGAUCAUCACCCUGGAGGAGACGGAUAUUGUUCCAGUGGGAAUUAUCGCCGGUGGUACAGUGGGCUCCUCCAUUCUGCUGCUCAUGUUUCUACUGGCGCUCGCCUUCUUCCUUUACCGCCAACGCAAAGGCAGUCGCCGGGCUGUCACCCUCGGUAAGCCAGACAUCAAGGUAGAGACAGUCAACAAAGAGACCCACAGCCUGGAGGAGGAGGCGGCCGACGUCUCCACGGCAACCCGGAUGGUCAAGGCCAUGUACUCCUUUCUGCCCUCUGUUUCCCUCUCUCCCUCCACUCAGCCAUUCAAAGACGACAUGGACCUGAAGCAGGAUAUCCGGAGCGAGAGCGACACCAGGGAGGAGUACGAGCUCAAGGAUCCAACCAACGGAUACUACAACGUCCGAGCCACCACCCAUGAUGAGGCGCGCCCCCAGUCCCGUGCCAUCCACUACCAGGGCGAGUUCCGCUCCCCGAACCCCAACAGCGGACCAGCUGGUGCCACUUCCAGCGGAGCCCCAGCCGGCGCCAUCGGUGCUGUUCCCCCCAGUGCGGUGCCAGGCUCAAGGGCGGGCUGCUACGACCCCCGCCCACCUUCCAGGAUGUCUCAUGCCACCUACGCCCAGUUCAACACCUUCACCAGGGUGGCGCAGAGCCAGCAAGCACCUCCCAAUCCAGCUCUUCAAUCGCCUGGAGAUUACCCCGGAGACUGCGGCCUGCUGGACAGCACAACCCAGCUGUCCUAUGACAACUACGGAUACCCCUCCCAGUAUCCCAGCUACCGCAUGGGCUUUGCUCCACCCAUAGAGGAAGGGCCAGCCUAUGAGAUGUAUCCAACAGGACAAGGGACCGGGCCGGGGCCGGGGCCAGGUCCAGGUCCAGGGCCAGGACCGGGACCAGGACCAGGACCAGGACCAGGGCCAGGGCCAGGGCCGGGACAACAGAGUCCUGAAACAGGGCUGGGGCAGUAUGGAACCUCCACCCGCUUCUCAUAUUCGUCUCCGCCCUCUGACUAUUCCCAAAGACACACACAGCGGAUGCAGACUCAUGUUUGAGAAACACACAUACACACUCUUUGACUUGCUUUUUGCAGCUGCAGUACUUAUUACACAUAAAACAUAAACAUACAUAAAUAUAAAAAAAGAUACAUAAACAUUCAAAAAUCCAUUUUCUGUUUCUCUAGCAUCCAGUGCAUGGAAUUUGGUUCAUUUUCUGAACCAAUGAAACAGCAGUUAGCAGCAUCACAUAUAAUAGUUAGCAGCAAUACAUACGACACAUGCAAAGCGACCUUCACCGACAUUUGCGCAGACCUUCUGUUGCAUGCAGUGUUGAUGCUCCAACAAAGUAACAGCGAGAGCCACAAUCAAGAGAAAAGAGGCAAAAAGAGAAGAAGAGCACUUUGAAGAAACUGAAGAAGAAGAGCGCCAGGAGCUUAAGGAGGAGCAGCGGAACCGUUUUCUUCCUGCAAUCCUCAUCUUGCUCUUGGAUCAUCUCCCUGCAUCACACUCUCCUCCUCCCACCCCAUCUCUGUAAAUAAGUGCAAAUGGAGAUCUGGGUCCUUUUAAAGUUAUUUCCUUGAACAAACUUAUACAGUGUGAUGCAGUACAGUGACCCACAGUAAACCUCCUUGCAUUUUCUGACUCUCACAUAUUGCAAAAAAUACACACAUACACACAGAUCUUUAAAGACCUAUUUGUUUCGAUGUAUUGCAGCAACGGGGCAGCUUGGACUAUAAAUAUAUUUGGCACUUUUUGAUCCCUUUUUCCUCACUUAAACCUGCCCAGUGGCCAUUGCUUACAAGAUCUACCUUGAUUUAAGUGGGACCGAGCGUCUUAAAGUGGUACAGUUAGUGACCAGAGUGCCAAUGUUCAUGUGCCAACACACACAAACUAUAAAGGUGUGUCUUCUUUUGUAAAGAGCGGACAAUGAGGUGGUCUGGACAAAGAGGGUUUUGUACAUGCCACAUCUGAGAGGAAAGGAAAGGAGUGGUAGCAAGCGUCUCUAUAUGCUCAUCAUCCUCCUCAUCUCUCAUUUUUUAAUCAUCAUGAUACAUUUCUAUACUUAACAUUUCACUCGAGGUCAAUGCUGUAUAUACAGUAUUUGUGAAACGAGGUGUGGCGGAAGCGCUUUUUCAUUCAAUGAAUUUCUGCAAUUUGUACAAAAAGAUACCUCCCCUACCCUCAAGUGUCAAAAAGUAUUUGUUUCUCUCACUUGCACAGUAGAAUAGAUUUUUUUUUCCAUAUUUAUACCGAAACGUAUGAAAAAAAAAUGGCAUUCAGAAACAUUUUAUAGUAUUUUUAUAAGGAGUUGUGGACCAAAGGUUCAGCGUUUUGGGUGAAACUCACUUUUUAAUGUGUAUGUGGCGACGUGAUCGUUAUUGGAAACGUUUUGAGUUUCUUUAAAAAAAAGCGAUGGAUGAUGUUUUUCAAAGUGGAUGUUGUUGUAGAAUUAAAUUAGAAAAUUUGAAGAGCUUCAUUCCAAAAAUGAGAAAUAUCCAGCAAGGGCAAAUCUGUUUGGUGGAUUUCUCUGUUUGGUGUGAAACUCUUUCCUUGACUUCCAGUCUUCUGACUGGACUGCCUUUUUCAAACGUCGACGACAUUCAAAAUAAUGGAUGGAGAACAAGCAGCUGCUCACUUUGAGCGGUGCUGCUCACUUUGAAAGCAAUGAGAAGGUUCAAGUGUAGUCUAACAUAUCAACCUGAAGGUACAGAGGGUUCUAUCUAGCUCAUAAGGUACUUUGUACAUUUAUAUGUAAGUAUACUGGUUUCUUCACUGCAACAGAAAAUUUGGUGGUAUUUUAUGUCAGAGAUUUUUCCGUUGUAUUGUGUCAGCUUUGGUACGUAUGAUUGGCCUUGAACCACACAGGUUUAUAAUAAUCAGCGUUUAAAAUGUUACUACUAACCUCUACUGACGCCGCUACUGUACAAGUCCCAUGUUUUAAUGCAUCUCCGCUGUCCCACUACCAAAUUAUUUUCCACCAAGAGAGAAAAUCAGUUUGUUUGUCUGGUAAGACCUUGCAGAGUCUGCAGGAGUAGUUUUGCUUACUUACCCAACACCAACAAGUCCAAAUUCACACUAUGAUCACCUUAUAAAAGCAGUGUGGAUUGUACCGGUCUACUGUAGCAGUUGAGUGCAGUUGCAAAGUUGCAACCAUCAAAUGACAUACUGUUUUUUCUUUUUCUAUUGGCUGUUGAUGAGCAGUGAGCACAGAUUAGGCCAAUUUAUAUGUGAGAUAUUUCUCCGGACGUUUGCCUCUGCAGGAAAUAAUUUGACUUUCAGCCCCUUACUUAUACAUUUGCUCACAGUGUGAACAUAGCACUGAAAACAUUUGUCUAAAGCAGCUACGUUUGUGUGCCAUUAAGUUCCCACCGGUUGUAGAACUGCUUCAUGUUUGCACACUGAGCUUCCCACGUGAGAUUGGAUUGAACUCUUCAUCGUGCCAUCACACGUCUUCACCUUUUACGGUGACAAUGUGUUGAUUAGCCCCUACAGCAGCAGCUGUUUACUUUAUACUGAGCUUGAAAUUAUAAGGUUCUAUCGCUAAUGCAACUUUCCUUCAGUUUUCAUUCUUUAAAGGUGCAGUGUGUAGGAUCUGCUGGCAUCUAUUGAUGAGGUUGCAGAUAGCAACCAAGUGAAACGUGUGCCAAAUUUGUAGGAGAACUACCGUGGCCGACACAAAAAAGUGAAAACACGAAUGGCCCUCUCUAGAGCCAGAGUUUGGUUUGUCCAUUUUUGGUUUGGUUUGGGCCACUGUAGAAACAUGGCGGCCGACUCCGUAAAGAGGACCCUCUCGGUAUGUCGAUAUAGGCGGCUCAUUGAGGUAACGAAAACACAAUGAUUCAUAUUUUCAAGUGAUUAUACACUAAAGAAAACAUACUUAGUAAUAUCAUAUUCCAUUUCUGCCAAUAGAUUCCCCCGAAAUGCUGCACACUGUUCCUUUAAUGGACUUUAAAUAAUACAUGACUCUUUUAAACUUGUUUUGGCAACCGCCAGGAAUUGCUUCGACAUUUUCUUGAUGUUUGACCUUUUCUUUAAGGGCACUUAUGCUUUAUUGAAUAGUCAAAGUAAAGAGGGGCCUUAUGCAAUGAAGAGCCACCCUCCUGUAUCUCUACCAUACAUUUUUGAGCACCUAAAAAUAAUAGCAGAUGAGACGGUGAUUUACAAAAGACCAGGGGUUGCAAAGUGAAGCCAGAUAUCUCAGCACCUCUAGAGGUAAUCAAUGAGUCUUUAUACUUAUCAGCCACGCUAUCAACCCUUCACAGAUACAGUAUAUUAUGGUAAUUCUGUGCUAAGGGGCAGUAAAAAUUGUAUUUAUUACCCCUAUUUUGAAUAAACACUUUCAGAAAGAAAAGCGCAGGCACGCCAUGUCUGAUUAGAAUAUCAGAUGGAACCUUGUAGCUCCAAGGUCACUAUAUAAACCAUUUCAGUAGUUAUGGAGAGAAGAACGGCAGAUGGAGCACCCUUUUAAAUUUAUAUGGUCAUCACAGCCUUGGUACUGCAUACUAUUACCUCUUUACUACCUUUUUACAGAGUUGUAGCUGUGCAGUAUUUUGCAUCUGACUUGAAAUGUCGUUAUGACCUUGUGUAGAAUGAGUAAAUUUGACACGGAGGAGUUACUGAGGCCAACAAAUACACAGCUAGGCCAUCCAGGUACUUAGUCGUUACCUUUGUUGACAGUGGGGACGUAUAAAUAUGUAAAAGACAGAAAGCCAAAAAUGCAAAACAGAUGUUUAGAUUUGGUUCAGCGCUGACAAAGGUAUGCAGUUUAGAAGGGGAAUCUGGAAGUGUUUACUCCACUAAGUUGUUAUUUCAUGUCUUUUCCCCUCUUCUCCAUAUGUACCUCUCACCGCGGUGUGUACUGAUACGCUUUACUCUCUCCCCCGUGUCAUUUUAACAGCCACCUACCAGCUUCCAAAUUUAGAAGUUGAACCUGUCUUCAUGAAAAAAAAAAAAGGAAACAUCACAACAUAGCAAACCCUCCUCUCAUUGCUUUCUUCCAAAUUCCCUUCAAGCUGAUUACAUAUGGAGUAGGUAUAGCAAACUUAGCUUGCAUUAAUGUGUGUAUGUUGGGGGGUAGGGAGUCUGUGUUUAGAGAAUAUAUAGCUUCAUGAGCUCAUGACAUCAUCCUCAUUUAUUUCUCUCUGAAAAUCAGUAUUUUAAAUUGUAUUUUCUUGGUAUUACUUUGUGGUGUUACCUCACCAGUGGAAGAAAUGACUGUGGUCAAAAGUGUGUGUAAACUUUUUAUAUACAUGCAGUAUUUUAUUUCAUUUUGUAUGCAUCGAAUAGGGGGGUUCGGAUUAAUCAACCCAGCAAAAAAGAGAGGGCAUGUGUGUGUCUGUGGCCAAAAUGACUGCUCAGCCAGGCCACAAAUAGCCAAAACUCUGUCUCAACUAGGCCAACCCAGGCUAGAACCAGGCCAGACCCACAGUUAACUGCUCUGUUCCAUGCUGUGCUGUGCUGCGCCAUUCCUGGCCAAGACUGACUCGAGUGGCUCGGUGUCCAUUUUUACCUUGUGGAGUCUUCAGUGAGUGCCAAAAGACUGUGCAAAAAAAUGAACUGAGCAGACAAACAAAUGCAGCAGCCAUUUGUGUUUCUCGUGUUUAUGUGUAUGUACGCUCAUGGGUGACUGUGUAUGUGUGUGUGUGUGUGUGUGCGCUACCUGUUUGUAUCUCCAUACAUGCACAUGCACUGCAUGUGUCCAUCUGUGAA